AUGCUCAAGCGGCCCUGCUGGGACCCCGCGCGGGAGCCUGACCGUCCGGUCCCGCCGCCCCCGGCCCCGGGGAGUCCGCCGGUCCCGGGGCUCCCCGUCCACCCGGGCUAUCGCUGCCCCCACCCCGACUGUGCCUACAUCGUGUGCAAUCCUGAGAGCCUCCUGCGGCACCGGACCCGGAUCCAUGCGGACCGUCGACCCCGGGGCCGACAGCCCCCGGCCAGCCAGGUGUCCCCGCUGCCCCCGUAUCGGACUGUCAGCUGUCAGCGCUUCUUCCCCUCCGGUGCCGGCAGCGGUUUCUUCCAGGUCACCCCACCCGCACACACGGAGCGGGCCCGCCAGGCGGCCACCAUGGGUGAGGUGGAGUUCAUCCGGAGGCAGGUGGCCGGGGCCCUCGCCGAGGACGCGGCGGCGGCGGAGGCCGGGGCCCAGCGGGUGCCGGACCCGGAUGCCAAAGCGCCCACCGAGAUAUCCCCCUGGCUGGAGCUCACCCGGUGGCCCGAGUUCCUGCAUGGGCAUGCCUUCACAGCACGCCAGCGUCGAGCGGCUGAUCGAGGCGGCCUACCAGUCCAUCAAGACGCGGCGGAUCAACGAGUUUGA